GAUGUACAACAUACGUAAUCUUCGGCCAUUUUAAUUUUGGACGCGAACGUGCGAGCUUCCCGAGAGACGUUAAAAAAAAUGCCCAAAAUCGUGAUGUAUUAAAAUAUUUUAACGUCGUAGGCUCACAGGUGGAGUGGUAGUAGGUCGUCCCGUUCGCGUGCAAUUCGCACCACGCAGUGGUGACUUUAGGCAUGAGGAAGGGGCGGCCACCACCAUAACACACGAUGCCAUGCCGCCGCCACCGCCGCUGUGUAGGUAUCCGUCCGUACACUCUAAAAUAAAAACAAAUGUUGCGCGAUGUUGCACCACACCGACUUCAAUACACGCUGACAUCGUAUUCCAACAAAAAAUCCCACACCGACCACCAGAACUCGUUCGCGUCCAUCAAUACGGCGGUCCUGUACAGCGUGUGCGUCCUUUUGCGCGUCUUACAAACAUUGGAUAUCGUUACUAUAUAAUAAUUAUAUCGUGCACGAUAACGUCGAAACGAUAGCAUUAUCAUAUUAUAAUAACGAUCAUAGUAAUAUCAUCGUAAAUACGAGUGCUUUCGUACAACUUAAUCAUUCAAUAUAAUAUUAUAUACUAACACGACUGCGCUGUUUGUCAACAUAAUAUAUAAGGCACGUUACGCGCGCGUAAUAGAUAUUUUGUUGUAUAAAUGUAUUUUAUAGAGUGCGAAGCCUAUAAUAUGCAGUGAGUACGUUGCGAUGAUUACGUUUUACAAGACCCGAGACCCGAUAUUAUAUAGUUUCACCAAACACCUAUACUCAAAAUGUUGACUUACAUAGAUGUGCAUUUUAUUUACACACUACCGGUCGUCGCAGUAUUAGCGUUGAUAACAUGGCCGUUUAUAAGUCGCUUAGAACUGUUCAAAAUCGGAUUCGUCUGUACGAUGGCAUUUGUGUACACGACACCGUGGGACAACUAUAUAAUCUUCCACAACGCCUGGAUGUACAAGCCCAAAAACAUUUUAGCCGUCAUAGGAUAUGUGCCCGUCGAAGAGUACAUGUUUUUCGUCAUACAAACCCUUAUGACAUCACUGUGGGCCUUGGUUUUUACCAGGUGGUCUCCGGCUUGUUUUAAUUUCAAUUUCAAUAAGACAAGCUACACACUAAUCCGAUGGAUACCGAUAUUAGCCUUAGUUAUGACGACAAUUCAGGGCUACAACAUAGCUGUACCGGGUAAAAACACGUUCUAUUUGGGCUGCAUCAUGUGGUGGUCGUGCCCCGUCAUAAUGUUCCUAUGGUACGGUGCUGGUAAUUACUUUGUUAAAAAGUCAACCUCGUCAGCGAUCGCGGUUAUUGUUCCAACUUUGUACCUCUGUUGGGUCGAUCGCAUAGCGCUCAAAGACGACGUAUGGCACAUCAACGAAAAAACCUCGUUGAACAUAUUCGUCGUCGAUGAUUUACCGUUCGAGGAAUGUCUGUUCUUCCUGAUCACCAACGUGAUAAUCGUCUUGGGCGGCAUGGCUUUCGACAAGUCCUACGGACUUGCGGACACGUACACGUUCGAAUUUCCACUCCGUUACAGCUCAAGUUGGAAAUACUAUAGUCAGCAAAUGCAACAAUUCGUGAGGGCCGAAUGCGACAUGUCGCCGAGUCCAGUGAACGACAUCAGACAGUGUUUAAACGUACUAAAAAGGGCUUCAAAAUCGUUCAACGUAGCCAGUCUCGUUUUUCCAGCAGGAGUCCGUUUGCAUUUGAUCAUACUAUACGCAUUUUGUCGGGUGACGGACGACAUGAUCGACAGCGAGCCGAAAGUUGGCGUCAAGAAGCAGAAACUAAAGCUGAUUGAAACGUUCAUCGACGAACUGUUCGCGGAUAGAAGCGCGGACUACGACGUGAAGACGUCGAUGACUCCGCGGAAACCAGAGGUGAAAUGGGAACAGUACCGCCUAGAUCUGACCGACGAGGAGCUGUCGUGCUUCCGGGCCAUAUCGCGGAUAUCGUUUUACUUGCCUCGGAAACCGUUCUACGAGUUGCUCGACGGCUACCGGUGGGACGUGGACGGAAAAACGGUCCAGAACGAGACUGACCUGCUGUUAUACUCGAGUUACGUGGCUGGCAGCGUGGGAACGCUGUGCGUGUACGUGAUGGUAUAUAAAAGUGGUACACAGAUCGACGACGAUAAAAGGCACGAUUUCGUUAUCGGAAAAGCUCAACAGAUGGGACAGGUGCUGCAGAUCGUCAACAUCUCCCGGGACAUCGUUACCGACAGCGAGACGCUAGGCCGAUGCUACGUUCCCGCCGAGUACAUGGACAACGCGGCCGCAGUCGUAAACACCCUAUGCAGCGACAGGGACCCGUGGACCCUCGGCUCCGAGAAACUGAAAUCGUACGCCACGCGCAUGAUCAGGCUGGCCAACCGGUACCAGCUGGAGUCGCUGGAGGGUAUCCGGUACCUGCCGUACGAGGUGCGCGGGCCCGUGCUGGUGGCCACGGACAUCUACCGGGGUGUGGCCUGUGCGGUGGAGGCCAGCCCAACAUACCCGCGGAGGGCGUCGCUGGGCAAAUGGGACAAGAUCCUCGUAAGCAUCAAUUCACUGUACUUCAAGAGCCUGAAGUACUUUUUCCAAGCCGACCGCUGCAAGCACUGUUGACACGACACCGAUGAGCCACUGCGACAAUACAGCACUACCUCCAGCGCCGUGGCCUUCGAAUGCGCAUUUAUGAUGCAUUCCCCCGGUGUGCUGCAACAUAAUACCUAUAUUAUAUUUAAAUGACGUAACACUGGCAUUUGCUGGCUAAGUCUUACAAGUGCGUAACAUAGCGAAUUUUCGAUCAGCAAAUCACGUUUUGCUUAGUUAUAAUUUAAAAAUUAGAGUGAAUCAACCUAUUAUGAAACCUGAUGGAAUAAUACAAUUUUAUCUGUGUUUGUAUGUGGAUUUUUUACGAAUAUUUCAAUUUUUUAGCAAGUUUUGCGUAUAUAAUAUUAAGUAAAUUAAAAAUGCUCAUAAUUCACUCCAAAACUGAAUUAUCGUAAAAAAAACCAACAUACGAACAAACACGGAUAAUGUUUUAACCAUCAAGUUUCAUAAUAGGUCGAAUGUCGAUUCAUUCUAAUUUUUAAACGAACAAAGCUAAACAUGAUCUAUUCUGUGUGUAAAUUUGCUAUGUUACGCACUUGUAAGACAUGGACAACAAAUACCAGUGUAACGUCCUCUCAACCACCGCGCGAAUAUGAAAUAUACCUUUUACACUUACCUAUAUUUUUUUUCUUUUAUCUAAGGACCAUUUCCACUUCUAUUGUGUAUAACUUUACUAUUUUAAACUGCUAUAUAAUUAUUUUGAAUUUUUUAAUGAUUGGGACCAGAUAAUACACUUUUCUAAGACUGCAUGGCAUGGCAGACAUCGAAUAUCGAACCAAUGUAGUGUUUACACAAUAUACAUAAUUAACGAAACCGUUUAAAACUUAGAUGAGUGAUAUAACAAAGGGUGGUGCCCUGCAAGUGUUAUUGAUCACUACAUUGCUUGUCCAAAUUGUGUAUGACUUAUUUAUUUAUUAAAAAAAAAAAUAUUAGUUUAAUAUUUGUUA